ACAGGUCUAUAUCGACCACAAAAGACGCCUCAUUUGACCUUCAUACAACAAAUCAAUCCAAAUAACCACCGUCACCGUCGACUAAACGUCAUCUAUCUGGUGACGCCGUGCCGGCAGCGUUAUCUCUUGCGGGUUUCACUCGAACAACUCCGUCUCCUUAACCAGACUCCGUUAUUUUCCUCUCUCCCUCUCUCAUCUAAAAAUGGGGAUUCUUCCUGCAAGUAUCUGACUUCGUUGGAAUUGAAGCCUCUCCUUUUGGGUGGGUGACAUUUUGAUGAUGGUAGUACUUUACUAGGCUAUGCUGUUUGAUGCUUGAUGAUACUUUGUGAAAUUCUCCAAGGGUCCUUUUGUAGGUUUGAAUCAUGAAGAUAUCUAUGAGUUGUCUCUUUGGUUUUGUUGAUUGAUAAAUUAUUCGCAAUAUUUUCCGUUUGUGCUUUACUCGUGAAGGUGCUUGGGAUGUGGUGACGGUUGGGAUUGAAAGUUACCCCCAUAACCUAGAAAGUAGGAACAUCGCAAUUCACAAGGGAGGAGAAAACAUGGGGGGGGCCAUCCCCACAACUUUGACCAUAGAGAAUUAUCAUCCAUCCACUUUUUUGUCAAUGGAUUCAGGCUCUUUGUCACAUGAUGAAUUGGAGAGAGAGAUGAACCUCUUUUCUCAGCCUCCCGAUAUUAAUCUCCCACUUUCAUCUGAGCCUAGCCCACCUCCCCUGACUUGGAAUGACCCUUGUGACAUCUUGGAUGCUGGCCUAGGGACUCAGAUAUACGAGGCUGAGGCAGUUGUUAACAUACCAAAAGUUGCCCGUAAAUGUGCCAAGCGGAUUGAUUCUGUGUGGGGUGCAUGGUUCUUUUUUAGUUUCUACUUCAAGCCUGUUUUAAAUGACAAAUCCAAGUGUAAAAUAACCAGGGACAGCAAUGGUGUGUCUGGGUAUGAUAAAUCAGACUUGCAGCUUGACGCUUUCUUGGUUCAGCAUGAUAUGGAGAACAUGUACAUGUGGGUUUUCAAGGAACGACCUGACAAUGCUCUGGGGAAGAUGCAGCUUAGGAGUUACAUGAAUGGGCAUUCACGCCAAGGUGAGCGCCCAUUUCCAUUCAGUGUGGACAAGGGUUUUGUACGUUCUCAUAGGAUGCAAAGGAAGCACUACAGGGGUCUUUCAAACCCUCAGUGUGUUCACGGGAUUGAAGUUGUUCGGUCGCCCAACCUCAUGAAUCUUGAUGAGGAGGAAAAGAAAAGGUGGAUGGAACUCACAGGGAGAGAUAUAAACUUCAGCAUCCCACAAGAAGCCAGUGAUUUUGGAACGUGGAGGAAUCUUUCAACUGCUGAAUUCGAUGUUGAGCGGCCAACCCUUCCAUUAAGGAGUUCUGUUAAUCAGCACGCAAGAAAAUUGCUGAAUGGUACUGGUUUGAAUUUAUCAACUCCACCAUCAGACCAUAGCAGUGGUGAUGGAAUGGAUCUUUCCCCUGUGUCCAACAAACGAAAGAAGGAUUCCUUUGCACAUGGUCAUGAUGAUGAAUGUUUGCCUAAUCUGCAUUCUGACAGAGGUCUGGACAUGCAAAUCCACCCAGUUGAGCCAGCUUGGGUAAAUGAGUUUAGUGGUGCCAUGAAGCAUGUUUGUGGGCCUGUUACUGCCGCAAAAACUAUAUAUGAAGAUGAUGAAGGGUUCUUAAUUAUUGUUAGCUUACCCUUCGUGGAUAUACAUAGGGUGAAAGUUACUUGGAGGAACACUGACACAAAUGGAAUUGUAAAGAUAUCUUGUGUGAGUACAGCCUGUGUGCCAUGUAUUAAGAGACAUGAUAGGACAUUCAAGCUAACAGAUCCAGCACCGGAGCAUUGCCCUCCAGGGGAAUUCGUCAGGGAGAUUCCCCUUCCAAACCGCAUUCCAGAAGAUGCAAAACUUGAAGCAUAUGGGGAUGAGACGGGAACAAUGCUUGAGAUUAUUGUGCCCAAACUUCGUGUAGGACCAGAAGAACAUGAGGUCCGUGUAUGCUUUCGCCAUUCUCCAUGGAGUGAAAGAACAUUGUUGACCUGAAAGAGGCAUUGGUUUGAAGAUGUGAGUUUGGUUAUAGUGGUCGGUGUUUCAUUGUUUACUAACAUGAUUCAGCAAAGAGAAUUUAUGAAAUUAUAUUGCAAUUUUUCUGUAUUAGAUACCUUUUUUUUCCAUACUUUUAUACUUGCUUAUUUAUAUUUUCGAUCUGUGGGUGGUAAAUUGUUUAGGUACUUUUGUCUCUCUCAUCAGUUGUGAUAUUCUCUCAGUUUGAAAAUAGAUAUCAUCAGCUUUGUCAUGCUGAGUUGUAGUUGAUGGAUCCUCUUUGACAAGGUAGUUUUGUUCUCUAUA